GAGCAAUAAGAUUUAGUCUCUAGGUAUGUUAGCAGCCUUUCCACCGUAUCAUCGUGACUGGAAGAAGCAAGGUGACUUUUCCAAGCAAAGAUUUCUUUAUCACAAUGAACGACAGUGCUUGCGCAUACGAUUACUCAGUGGUAGAAGACCUUGUAGGGAAGAAUAUUACAGACGAUGACAGACUAAAAUGGCCGUGUCAGCUGAGAGCUCUCUGGGUAGAAAUUCUCCCGUUCGUGACCCUUGUCCGAGGUCUUCUCUCCUACGGUACAUCAGUGGUGAUCUUCUUUGGUCUCAUCGCUAACUGCCUAUCCUUCAUUGUCCUGACCCGGAAGCACAUGCGAAGAUCAACCACAAACCUGUAUCUGUCGGUCUUAGCGGUUUUCGACAUCCUAUCACUAACUAUGAACUUCAUGAUUGGAGUUUUGAGGGGCCAAAACUUGUCAAUCAACAAGGACUUUCAAGAGCAUGAGUCACUUUGUAAAUUCCAUGGGGUCAUUGUGGAGCUUUUCAACCUUCUAUCAGUUUGGGUAAUUCUAUCGUUCACUGUUGAACGAUUCAUCAUGAUAAAAUUCCCACUGAAAGCUAAAUCUUUGACCGUUCGGAGGGCAGCAUUCGCGAUUUUCGGAGUAUCAUCGGGAGUUUUCCUCUUUUCCAUGCACAAAAUCGCCGUUUCCGGUUUUGAAGGAGAUUCUGUGUUUGGGUACAAAGCUUGUAAGACACGACGAGCAAUAUUUCCGGAAAUCAUUUAUUUUUAUGUAGCAUUCAACACGUGGCUGCCAACAUUUAUUAUUGUUGGCCUUAACGCCUUAAUCAUCUUUGAGAUCCGGAAAAACCAAAUCAAGCGCAAAGCCAUGACAACCACAUCACUAUCAAAGAAAGACGAAAAAGCCACAAAACUACUGCUUGUUGUGUCAAGCACUUACGUGAUCCUGAUUUUACCUCUAGGUUUGAUUCAGUCGACUGAGCUGAUCUGGAAUACAACUGCAAAAGUUAACCCCGGGCACCCAGACUACGUAAAUUUCCAGUCGACUAAGAUCAAACUUAAAUGGGCGAGGGCGUUCUUCUUUUUCUUCUACCAGUUUAACUUUGCGAUCAACUUUUUUCUAUAUGUUUCAUCCUCCUCCGCAACAAGGUUCCAAGCGACUCUGCGGAAACUGUUUGGGAUGAAGGUCAAGGACGAGGAAAUGACGUGGAUGCGCACGCAAGCUACGAAAAGUAAUGCAGUUGCACCGAAUCCACAGUCAGUUGCUGUAGUUCCUGUGGAAUCGUAGACCCUCGCUGGAUUUUCCUGUCUCGAUAUUUCUUUAAAUUACUUAAAUUACGCGAACACUAGCAAACACAUACUAUUGUUAAUGAUUAAAGUCAACAGGUUAGAUUGAUGAUUUCUUAUUCAAAAUGUUGAUAUUUUAUUUCGAUAAACAUGGUCUUAUUUGUAGCCACAAUUAAGCAUUGAAGUGUUUUGGUAUGGUAUUUAUGACCUACU